AUGCUUAGCAUAUCAACAUCCAAACACCAUCGAUAUCCUCAUCACCAAAAGCAGUCAAAACAGAUUGUUGGUGUCUAUUCGGAAGUUGGUAAGCUUGAUUUAGUGCUCAUGCAUCGUCCUGGUCGCGAACUGGAGCGUUUAACACACAAGAACAAAGAUAUUUUUUUAUUUGAAAAAAUACCUAAUAUUCAAGAAACGCAGAAAUCUCAUGAUAUUUUUACUGACAUUUUACGCAAGAACGGGGUGACAGUCGUGUAUGUGCUUGACGUUCUACGUGAGACUUUGGAACAGAGUCCCGAAGCAAGACAAAUGCUAAUCGACGGUGUUGUUCAAAACCAAGAUCUUACGAAAGAAGCGUCUAAUGCUCUCACACAAUUUCUUUCUAAACUUACACCUACUCAACUGGCACACACAGUGAUUGAAGGUCUUGCGAGUACCGAAGAAGAGCUUGUUAAAGAAGACACUGCAUCGAUCCUUACUCGAAUGUGCUCCUCGUACGAAGAAUUUCUCGUUCCUCCUCUACCGAAUCUUCUGUUCACCAGAGAUUCGUUUUCAAUUAUAGAUAAAGCAGUUUUUAUAUGGCGAAUGGCCAAAUCAGCUCGAGCCAAUGAACCACUGAUCAUGCGCGUUAUUUUCAGCUUUAAUACUCACCAUGCACAGCUUUCGUUAAUAGGUGUGCGUGUUAUCGAGUGGGAAACAUAUGCAGAUCCAUCGGCGACUGUUGAAGGUGGUGACGUAGCUUAUCUAGGCGAAGGUACACUUAUGAUCGGCAGCAGUGAACGAACAAAUCGUGCAGGUAUCGAAGCUAUUGCACGCACAGGCUAG